AUGCCUGCUCCUCUGAAACGAUUUUUCACGGUUAUUUCUAAUCCGGGCAGUCGAACAAUGAGGCUGCCGUUGGGUCUUGUCCAUGAGUACAUGCUCCUUGUACCUCUCCAAUGUACGCUAACUACAAGAGAAGGACGUACAUAUGAGGUAACAAUAAGAGGGAAUGGUGAGUGGAUAGCGUUUGAUGAAGGAUGGGCAGAUUUUGUCGCUGCGGAGGAUAUUAAGAGUGAAUACUACCUUUGGUUUGACCGCAAUAGCCUGAGAGAGUUUGUUGUCACUGUGAUUGAGGAAAAUGCGGUUGAGCGGAAACCUUCCUUUCUUCUCCCAUAG